CAAAGUUUAAAAUAACCUUACAGAUCACAUCGUACUAAUACCAGCUGGUUUAGAUUAGAAUUUUUAGAAAAUUCAGAUACAGGUCUACAGAUUACGUUUUGAUAUCAGCUUGUUUUAACAAAACAUGUUUCAGCAAAAUAGUGAACAACAGUGAGGAUGGUGACCAUACAACCGAUUUUAUUGCAUAAUUCAAAUGUCAUUCACUGUUUUAAGGUUUAUUUUGACUAGGGCCCUCAUUCAACCAAGGUGUCUGGUAUCUAGAUUUUAUUCGCGUAAAAAAGGAUGAAAAAACAACAGCUGCUUUGUCUGAAUUUUGUCUUAUUGGUAUCAUUUGCUAUAGCGGAUGAAAGAGAUUUUAUUUCAGACAUGCUAAAGGCGGUUCCGAUGUUUCGUACCUUUAUGCCGAAUUCAAAUGAAUAUUGCAAAUCUUCAAUAAUUGAAUGCUAUAGUAACGGGAACAUUAGGUCUAUAAAAAUCAAAAACGUUCAUUUGAACAGAAAAAUACCACGAUCGAUCCAGGAGCUCACUAGAUUAACAGUGCUGUAUGUCUUUAUGAAAUCCUUUCGGAUAGGUGAAACUAUGCUAAAGUUAACGAUCACAUCAAAAAACACCUUAUGUGGCCGAAGGGAACUCGAAAAUUGCUCAGUUCGAAUAGACUGGAAUAGUAUUAGCAAAUUGCAUUUUCUACGAGUGCUAAAGCUCAACAACAAUCUUAUUCGAGGAAAAAUCCCGACGUUUAAUGCGAAUUUAGUAGAAUUGGAUCUUUCAUACAAUCUUCUCACUGGACUGCCUGAAUCGUUCCCAAGCACCUUAUAUAGACUAAAUAUAAGUAACAACAAGAUAGAAGGUUCAUUAGACUCUAUUCAUUUUAAUAACGAAUAUUUGACUGAAUUUCAUGCAGGCAAUAACAACUUAACCGGAUCUAUAUCUAAACAUAUUUCCAACUUGCCACGGCUGCAUAAACUAAACUUGUCUAAAAAUAACAUACACGAUGAUAUUUCAGAACUAAAGCCUAUAAUUUCGAAUCUAGUUGAACUCGAUCUUUCAUGUAAUCGUGUUUACGGGGAUAUCCCAACUCAUAUUUUCUGGCUAAGAAACAUCAACGUAGUCAAUUUGUCACGUAACAUGAUAACUGGAUAUCUCCGUGCUGAGACCUACAUUUCAAGAUCUCAUACAAUAAUCGAUCUGUCCCACAAUCUUAUUGAAGGUGAAGUUCCCAAUUUUCUGGGCAUUUACAAUUUGAAGGUCUUACGUCUGAAUAACAACAAAUUAAAAAAUAUCUGUAAUGAUAGCAAAUUUUUUGGUACUCAACUAAUAGAGGGAGAAUGUCUGAUGUAUGGCAACAAUUUUCAUACCGAGUGCAUAUCUGCAUAUUGCGAGUACAAGUCUCCAACAUCAACUGGCUACCUAGGCCAUUAAUCCUUCGUUUCAAGCGAUGUGAUCAUGUUUCUUUUUGCUAGUGUUAGUCACUUUUCGAUCCAUUUUUUGUAGGAUUUCAAUUAGGGUUAAAAAUUUUCAUGGAAUGAUCCCAGUGAACGUUGUCUGCCUUACCAAUCUUGUUAAGCACCAAUUCAGGCCAUGUUGUAUGAUCAGCAGCUGUUUUAGAUGCAGUAGGCAUAGAGCAUCUAAAAUUUAAAAAGGGGGGUGGCACGAAUUGAGGGUUUGAUGGGCAAAGCACUCGAGUUCUCCUAUAUAUUCCUAUAUACAUAAACAGAAUAUUUUAAUACCAAAAUGUAUAAAAAAUACUAGUAUAAGGAGGAAGUGUCUAAUACUACCUGGUGAUACGUUUAUUAUAAGUAUAAGUAGGAUAGAUGAUAUCAGCAGUAAUGAUGUAUUUCAAUUAACAAUGAAGACCGCGAGGGUAGACUAUGGUAAGUCGUGUGCAUGAUACAGUCUGGUAAUAUAUAAAAAUGCAAAUAGACAUUGAUGUAGAGAAGCGGAUAAAGAUUCAUUGAGAAUUAAAAAUGCAUGCGAUGAGGGUAAGACAGACAAAAUCCACUGAAGAGAAUUGGAAAAAGGGAAUCAGUUAAAACCCAGAAUAUAAAUGGAGUGGUGAGAUAGAUAUAAAAAGAAUGUAAAGAAAUAGUGUGCAAAGAGAGAACAGAUAUAUACGCAAUUGAAAGCAGGAGAAAAUAAUUAGAGGUAUAUAGAGAAUGGGUAGGAUAUCAGAAGAUUGUAUAUAGCAAAGCGAGUACAGAGUAAAUAGUGUAUGUACAGAAGAUUAUAUAAAGUGAACGAUAGACAUAUGGAAGAGUUCGCAAGAGGUAAGACGUGUUUGGUAGGAUUAAGAAUGUACUAGAAAAUAGACAUAGAGAAAGGCCUUAGUCGAGACGGUUUGAUUGACCAUAUUUCUAGCUGGAAUAAGUAUAAAAGUAGGCCAUCAACUGAUGAUGCAUGGUUAGGUGAUGUUUUCAUAGAGCGCCUAUGUCCCCUAAACAUUUUGAGAACAAAAUCUUCGUAUCAAUUUAGGAAUUAGUCAAAAAAUAAUGACUAAAGCAAUAUGCAAAAGUCAGUUUUCAGCUAGAACAUUGCUUCUGUAUCCAGUUCUGGUUGAGGAUGUUCGAUUGAAUCGUAAACAGUUGAUAUUUAGAAUCAGGUAAAUCAGAUAAAUUAAGUACAUUUUGAUUCUGUUUGA